UAGAUUUUGUAAUUAUAGUAAAAAAGUACAACAAACAACGCUUUUGCUGCAAAUACAAUAAAAAUAAUUCUUUGAAUUAAUGGAAAUAUCGGGGCCUUCACAACAGUCUAUUCUAUACGGUUUUUAAAAAUGGCGCCGCCUGCCAUUGUCAACUGUCAGGACACACAACAUCCCAAAUACACAGCAUACAACAACCACAUAGUAAUCUUUGCCACCAAUAUGAAGUAACAAUAUUUUAUGAGCUUUUGGCCAAGGGCACUCGUCUCUUCCAGCAAGCCCAUUAUAUUGAUCAUUUUGUCAACUACCACGUAUGCCACUAGUACACUAGCACAUAAAACGCUUCUGGUUUUACUAAGCCGAAAUGGUAAUCACGCCCGAUAUCGAUAGGAAAUAUUCCUUGUGCGUUAUGUGCAUUUUUUAGUGGUCUGUAAUUUCAAGAUUUUUGUAGGUUAUGUUUGUUUCCCGUAAAUGUGAAACCAUCGUAUCGAGUGCUGGUGGUUAAAAUGGAACAACAGAAUUUGAAAGACCCUGUGUGUGAUUGUCUUUUCUGACAUUAAAAAUUAAAUGAUAUUUAUAAACCUUCAAAAAUUAUUUAAUACUUUCUCUUAAAAUAAAUUUCGUUAAUGCUGUAAAAUGAACUAUGAGCAUAUACUAUGCUUGUGAUAAUUGGUGAUAUUAUAAUAUCCCCAUUUCGUAAGAAUGGCAACGUAAAUAAGAAGUAUUGAAAAUGACAACCGAAUGGGGUGAACUAUUUCCUUCAACGGGUAGUGGAAUUAUAUUUGUUGUUUAUGUAUUAUUGUUUGUUAACCAAGGAAUUUUGGUAACUGCAUCGCAAGAGGCUAAUAACAAAUAUGAUUACAAUAUUGUAACUGUGGUUCUGUUGACUGAGGCUCUUAAAUUAAUUAUCUCAUCAAUAUUAUACUGUCAUAAACAUAGACCUCUACAACUUAUUAAUGAAUUAUUCGAACAUUGGAAAGUAUUAUUGCUCUAUAUGGUACCUGCAUUUUUAUAUUGCCUAUAUAAUAAUUUAUCAUUUAUCAAUCUAUCAUCUUUUGAUCCUACCACCUACUAUCUUUUGCUACAGCUAAGAGUUGUUGUAACUGGUAUACUUUUUCAGGUUAUAUUUAAUAAAUAUCUCAGCAGGAAACAAUGGCUCUCUUUAGUCAUUCUAACAGCGGGAUGUAUGUUACAGCAGAUGAAUUUCAGUGGAUCCCACGAUGGCAAAUCGCAAUCUUUAGGGUUAUCUAUAAACGCGGUAUUUAUUUUUAUUCAAAUUUUCUGUUCUUGUUUUGCGGGUGUAUAUAAUGAAUAUUUGCUUAAGAGAAAAGGUGCCAGCGUCAAUAUUUUUGUACAAAACGUUUUCAUGUACUUAGACUCGAUAGUAUGCAAUAUAUUGUUGUUAAUUUUAAAUGGAUCAUUCGAAAACGCAUUUCUGUAUGAUAACAUUGAAAAAGUGUUCCAUUUGAAGGUGCUUAUUGUAAUGUUUAAUAACGCCGCUGUCGGAAUAGUAACCAGUUUUUUCUUAAAAACCCUAAAUUCGAUAUUGAAAACGUUCGCUAGCGCAUUGGAACUAGUCCUAACGGCCAUAUUUUCUUAUAUAUUUUUUAGAAUUCCGGUUCACUUAAAUACGAUUCUUGCCAUUGCGACUGUGAUGUACGCGAUAUAUUUAUAUUCGCAAAAUCCCGUAUCUAAUGUACAAAAAGAUGUUAAAAAUUCGGAUAAAGUUGAAAUUUUGCAAAUGGAGGAAGUGUGAUAAAAAAUUCCUUAACCUCUGUGAUUUUAAUUAGAGUGAUAAGUUCUGUUUAAAAUAUUUCGCCUAUUGUGAUAUAUAAUAAAUUGACAUAACCUAUAAAAAGUUGUUUCGUUUGUUUAUAAAUCGGUUUUGUGGAAAUCGUUUGCCCACCGGUAUUUGGUAAUAAACAAAUAGCACUUUGCAUUUGGUUCUGAUAACCGCAAGUUAGAAACACACUCACAGUUUGUAACCUAUUUUUCUUUUAUGUAUUCGCAGAGAUAUACACAUGCUAAUAAAAAAAACAUUUAUUUUCUAACAAUAAAGUACACUUAAAAAAUCAGUUAUAAUAUUAUCAACACUUAACGAAACAACCUACGUGAUAACAUUGUAAUUGCUAAUUUACUGUUUCCACUGGCCUGGCUCUAGCAAACCAAAACAGGUUUAGAGAGUCUCUAGGAACUUUUUUUAAAUGUGUUGUCCUAUCUAGUCAGAAAUUAUUCUAAUCUUUUAAAAAAUAAGUAAGUAUAUUACACGUACACUAGAGGUGUGUCGAGUUUUCAGUGUCACUAAUCGUGAUGAUAACUGAUGAUUAAAAAUUCUGAUUACAGGAAUUUGUUGUUUUACUGGAUAAACUGACAAUAAUUUAAAAGAUUUUAACUUUUUUUGUGUUAUACUGAAAACAAAUAUUGUUAAUAUCAUUCGAGUACUUUAAAAAAUAUAUUUAUUUGUCUUUGCGUUUUUAAUAAUAAGUACUAAAGGUACCCACCCAAUGUACGUCACAUACUUAGAUAUAUAGGUCUAUAGAAUGUGCGAAGUAUAUUCGUAUUGACAUUUGUAAUUACGUAUUCUACCGGGUGGAAAAGUCUUCUACAUGAAAUACAUUUGGGAAGGAAUAAAAUAAUCAUGAUUCUACUACUACUACCAAACAACUGACUGAGGUUCUUCCUUGAACCUAAGUAAAACAAAAAAUUGUAAAAUUUUAGUUUUGUUAUAAAAUGUUAUGAAUUGACUAGACUUUAU